CUGUCCCCGGGUCAGAGCAGCGACAGCGCUGCAGGCAGCCCCGUCUCCUGCCGCCGUGCUGACACUCCUUCGCCGCGGGCGACACAACUCCACACCGGAAUAAUCCCCAAAUCUGGCAUCCUUAAUCUCCCACAUCCGGGACUCGCAUCGCUGCCACACGGGGCGAUCCCUGGCAUGUACCCUACACACAUGUAUCCGUUAUCGGCCUUGGGAAGCCAGCAUCCCGCCUUCUCGUAUAGUGGGUUCACACAGCUCACCCAGGGUUACCCCGAGCACCUGAAGGCUGCGGCCAUGGCCGGACACCUGCCGCUCGAGCACUGGAUCCGGGCUGGAAUCAUGAUGCCAAGAUUGCCAGACUACAGUUCGGGCCCUCAGUCCGGUCUUUUAGGAAAGUGCCGGAGGCCUCGCACCGCCUUCACCAGCCAGCAGCUCCUGGAGCUGGAGAACCAGUUCAAACUCAACAAGUACUUGUCCCGACCCAAGCGCUUCGAAGUGGCCACGUCCCUCAUGUUGACUGAAACACAGGUGAAGAUCUGGUUCCAGAAUCGGAGGAUGAAGUGGAAGCGCAGCAGGAAGGUGAAGGAACAGGCUGCCGUGUCGGCGCAGUCUGAGGCCGAGCAGCUACGCAGUGUUGGGAAAACGACGAAGGACAAAACCUGUGAGAACAGAAGAGCUGUGAGUCACGCCGACGGAGGGGUUGAGCUGGACAUGGAGGACGGUGAAGAAGAGGAAGAAGAGGAGGAGGAGGAGGAAGAGGAAGAGGUGGAAGCCCGGCAUGGUUUUCCUGUUGGGAUGAACCAAUCCACGGACUUCCAUCAGCGUGGCACGGACAUUGGCUACAAUCCACACAGUCCUUUCUCUGACGAGGAGCUGGAGGACGUGCAGGUGGGAGGAGAGGAGAGGAAGAUAGGAGCUGGACUGUGAGACAAAGAAAAGACUCUUGGGAAGAAACAAAAA